UGAAACAAACCGUGGUAGAGGGAGUAUGAAUCGCUCGUUUCACUAUUCCGUCAAUUCCGGGUGCAUAUUCCUAACUCUAUCAAAGUAAAAAAUGCGUCGGAGGGCUAAUGAAGCUACGUGAUAAGUGAAUAAUCAAUGGUUCGUGUUUGAGUUGGAAAGUUUCUCGGGUUUCGGGAGCUUUGCCCGGAGUUUGUUUGUGUUUUUCCCCGUUGUAUGGAAAUCGUGACCGCUUUGUGUUCCGGAAACAUUCUUUGUGACUUUUCAGGCAAUAUUUGGAUUAUUUCUUGCGGUUUUUACAUGAAGGCCCUGUGCAACUGUUAACAAUGGUUCGUAAAUUAGUUCAAGUGUUAAGUGUGUUGUGUGUAGUGGAAUACGGAAAAGCUGCAAGAUGGUCACACUCUGCGAUGCUUAGUCCAGACUAUCGACUUCUUUGGUCGUUAGGACCGAGUCCUCAAGACAUCACGUUUGAAUUGCAAGUGAGGACUCUGGGAUAUGUUGGGUUUGGCUUUUCAAAAGAUGGCCGGAUGACAGGGGCUGACGUGGUCGUUGGAUGGGUGGACAAAGGACAAGUCUACUUCCAGGACCGCCAUGUUAAGGAUUCUCCUGUAAGUUCUCGGGAUAGAGAACCGGAAGUGGAUCCAAGCCAGGAUUAUCAACUUCUGUUAGGUUAUGAGAACCACACACAUACUGUGUUACGAUUUAGGAGGAAACUUGAUACUUGUGACCAUCAUGACAUCCCCAUCACGAACGACACGAUGAGGGUAGUGUGGGCUUUCCACUCGGAAGAGCCUGUGGGGGGGUCAGUGGGUCCGAACUCGUUGCCACAACAUGACGUAGAAUUUAGAGGAACCCAAUCUCUUUAUUUGGUUCAGAGAGCCGACCAAGAAGCUCCAGGACCUGAAGAAACUGCGAGAAUUUGGGAACUACGAAACCCAGCUGUGGAACCACCAGCACCUGCUGAAAAUUUGUACUGGUGCCGAAUUUUCAAAAUUCCUGUUAUUACGAGGAAGCAUCAUUUGAUUCGGUACGAGCCGCUCCAGGGAAUCAAGGGUCCGGCCGGAUUACAGCACGUCGUUUUGUACGAGUGUCAAGACAGCCCCCAGGUCGCCCAGCUCGCCGACACCCCCGGCCGUCAGUGCUACGAGCCGAACUCUCAACCCCUUUCGUGCAAUACAGUCGUUGCGAGUUGGGCGAGAGGCUCUGAAGGUUUUAGUUUUCCACCCGAAGCCGGUUAUCCCUUAGAACCCUCCACAUCCCGCUACUACUUGCUGGAAACGCACUACAUCAGCCCCACAGAUGGCAGUUUAGGGUCUCUUGACGGGUCCGGCUUGAGGUUGUAUUAUACUCCCGAAUUACGCCGGCACGAUGCUGGUGUUAUAUCAAUAGGGAUGGAUCCGAAUUGGAGACAUAUAAUACCGCCAGGACAACAAAGAGUUGUCUCUUCAGGACAUUGCGUGUCGGAGUGCACCAAACAAGCUUUCCCUCGUAAUGGCAUAAACAUGUUCGCUGUUGUUAUGAAAACACACCGAAUUGGAAGACAGGUCGCUUUGAAGCACAUCAGAGGCAAUGUGGAACAGCCUCCCAUUGCGGCGGAUGAUAACCUCGAUGCUGAUUACCAGGAAUACCGCAGACUUGGAAUUCCUGUCAAAAUACUACCCGGUGACCACUUAAUAGCCGAAUGUACUUAUAACAGCUCGGGAAGAACGGCCAUUACUCUAGGGGGGCUCACAAGUCGCGAAGAAACGUGUUUAGUCAUGGGGCUAUAUUACCCCAAACAGAGGUCUUUAGCGGCAUGUCACAGUUUGCCAAGCUUACCAACAGUCUUGCAUUCUUUGGGAAUACAAGAAUUAAGCCCAGGAUCGAAUCCUGUGAGGAUAGCCGCUCCUCCAGAAUUGGCCGGGAUGACUCUGGAAUCCAGAUUGGUGUCUUAUGACUGGGACAAUCAUUUUCACAAUUUCCAAGAAGCAACGAUGAAAGGUUCCUUCAAACCAUUGUGUCGGACUGCACAAUCGACGAUAUUACCGGGCACAGAUAAAGAAUUCCAUUACCCGAAUAUUACGAUAGCAUACGUCCGUAACAAUGCCGACCAAUGUAACAACUACAAAAGGUAUAGCACCGAAGGCUGGCCGGGAGGAACGCCCGUCAUGGAAUUGGAAGGUAAUCAUAUAGAAGGAGCAGCUCGUAGCAAAGUUUCGCGUAGCAGCAGCAGUCCAACCGCUGAAGAAUCGCUGGGAUUGAGUAGAGUGAACUCUGCUUGUAGAUGUUACUCCUUCCAGACUGUGUUAGUGCUCUGUGUUUUGUUGAUUUGGUUCAACCACUGACCUAGUGAUUUACCUUAGUGACCUCAUGACUGAUUUUUAUAUUCCUAAAAUCGUACAUGGUGAUAGCAACGACUGCUGAUUUAUUUUAUUUAUUGACAGUUAUUGUGAAUUUUUUUGAGUCAUACGUUUACUAGUCCGUUCGGCCAGAUCAUUCGUGCUUUUUGAAUGAUUUCUCUCUCUUUUUAUUAAUGUUGUUAGUAAAGCGACUAAUCCGAGUGCAAUAGUUUUCGCUUUGCUGGAAAAUAAUGUAGCGGUAGUGGAUGCCGAAUGGGACAGAUGAAUACGCCGCGACAGGUCUGUGAUGAAAGUAGUAAUAAGCACUUUACAUGUUUCUUUUCUUUAGAUAAUAACCUCUGAGUUUUUGCUAUUGUUGUUAGUUUACUCUUCUUGAACCUUUCACGAGGGUUAUACUUGUAUUUAUAUGUAAAUUAAUAUCUUGUGUAUAUUUGUAGUCUCGACUGGUGCUAUAUUUUUUAUUCUUUUGUAUGUUAUGUUAUUUCAACUUUCCUUAGUACGAUAAAAUUUCUUGUACAGUGUAGAUAACUUGUGUAUAUUUUAUAAAUAAACAUAAUAAAUAAAAAUCUAGCAAUACGCA